UUCAGGUAGAAUUGAGCUGUUGUAGCGCAAAAUGGACCUUGAAGAUGAAGAACUAUUCAUGUUUAAUCUUAUUUUGAUUUUACGAAACCGUAACCUUCCCGAAGAUGAAAAUCAGGGUCGGCCUUUCCCCUUGGUGGACAUUGAAUGGUGGUGGAGGUUGGGUGAUCCUAUGUUCAAAACACACUUCAGAAUGUCACGCAUCACAUAUGAGACUUUAGUAGUUGUUGUGGGCCGCCACAUGAGGGAGACAAAUCGUUUGGACUACCCAGGCAUGUAUGUUGAUAAGUCGCUGAUGAUGACACUGUGGAUACUCGCUACUCCUGACAGUUUUCGUUCUGUAGGAGUUAACUUUGGUCUUGCCAAGGGUUCAGUACAUAAUCAAUUUAAGACAAUUAUUGCUGUCCUUCAAGAAAUAAGUGGGCGUUACAUUCGCUGGCCCUCUAACCAGGAAAUGGCCAGCAUUGCCAGAAAUUUUGAAACAAAGUAUGGCUAUCCCAGUGUUGUAGGAUGUGUGGAUGGGUGCCAUAUAUAUAUAUAACUGCCCCUGUAGAGCAGCCACAAAGAUAUAUAAACAGGCAUCACAGUUACUCCGUA